CCCGCGCGUCGGCUUUUACCUGUCCACAGGUGAUUCGGAUUCUCCAGUCAUUUUGUGUGUGCCUUCAGUCUCUAUCACCCUUCCCUCGGACACGUAGCAAAAGGCAGAAUUUUCCCCCAAAAAGCCGUGAAUACUGGCUCCUUGGGCACAGAAAUAGUGAUUGCUCCAUUUUUUCCGUUAAAUCCUUUUGCACCUGUGAUACCUGGGCGCCACAAAAUAUUAUUUUUGUUACUCUUAUUUACCUCUCCCUCCCUCGGAAUUUCCCGUGAACUUUUUUUGUUGUGCAAGUGUGUGUGUGUUUUGGACGCAAAGUGCAUUGAAACUUGAGCAAUUCCAUUAAAAAUAAUGACGAUUCCGCUUCGGUACCCCCAGUGAGACGUUGGAAGGCUUAUUCUCCUCUAUAGACAUUUUUUCCAGCCCAAAAGUGGCACUGAGAGUGCUGGGGCGCAACAAGUGGUUCGAGACACUCUCGCAGAAUUAACGGUACCUGUUGCGUCCGCAGACUUUAGCUCUCCUGGCGUGACACGCGUUAUAAGCGAGGGGGCCCACAGGGAUUGCCGUGGUAAGGCACCUUCGUGAUUAUCUCCGUGGAGUACCUGGUGGAGCAUCAGAAGUGAAGAGACAAAUUGACCAAUAAGACAAGAAGAUCGUGGACAAUUUCUCUCUCUCUCCAAGAGUUACCUUUGGGGAAUUUCUCUUGAAACAGUGUGGCUGUAUUUUAUUUCUCCCAUCCACUCUGACCAAACGAUUGUGAAGAAGCUCGGGGCGCAGGAGGGUGCGCGCACCUUUUCUACAUCUUACCCACCGAGCAUUACGUAACGCCACAAUCUUCGUGUGGACGUCGGAGGGGAAGGUGAAAAAAAGCAGUGAAGAAAAUCAACAAAUCAUCAAUGGCAACAGAAUACUCAAUAACCAGUUCUUCUGGAUUCUGACUAUACGCACAUCACAUUAUCCCCCCGAAUGGGAGGCUCAGGUGGUACCGGAUAUUGUAGUACAGUCACUCAAAGGAAUCCCUUAAAUUACGGAGGAUAGUGUUAGAAAAAAAAAGAAAGAAUUCUCCCUUUAAAGAAAUAAGAAGAGAAUUAAUUGAAAGGAGGAGUUUGCAAGUACAAGAUUGCUUGUUUAUUGUGAAAAUAUGCUGAUGCCGGGCCACGUUGUCUCCCUGUAUGUGGCCACAUGCGGGCUAGGUGGAUCCGGACUUGGAUCAGACGAAAAGGAAAUUGUCCUUCUUGUCUAUGUGAUCAUCGAUGCCAGUACAUCAAAUAUUGUCGGUGUACAACAGUACCUAGUCCGUCCGGUGGGACAAAUCAGCAAUAAGGAGAAGACAUCAGCGGAACAACCAACGUCACCAGAUGAUCCCAUCUCACCUGAAAUAUCCAUCACAGAGUCAUUCCUUCAAGUGGCUGGGCGCCCACUCAGUGAAGUGAUUGAUCAGUUCGAUGCCUACGUUCGCUCUCUGUCAAUCGAUCCGACGAGUGCGAAUUUUCGCAUAGUCACAGAUGGGCAGCUGCCCCUACGCCAAUCACUUCAUCCAGAAGCUAGUGCCAAAGAUAUUCAAUUGCCCUCCUACUAUUGGCGAUUCAGUGAUCUGCGGAAGGAGAUGGUGCGGUGUAAGUCGGGUGACUUGUCGAGGGCCCUCAUUCCCAUCACAGAUGCCAAAAAACUAGUCAAUAUGCCUAGUUUACCAACUCUUCCGGCGAGUAUAGCGGACAUGCUUACAGAACUGGAACUCAAACCUUACUCCGAAUCGGAUUUUUAUGUGAAGGAGUCUCGUGAUAUGGUGACGAUUAUUCAGGCUCUCUUGACGGCAGGUCAUAAAUUUGAUUGUACAGAAACAAUAAACCUCGCACUUGAACCAGGAAUUUGUUCAAUUGAUGAUGAGAUUGAUGGAUCGUGCAUAGUUCGAGCAAGAGGUCUUCCGUGGCAGAGCAGUGAUCAAGAUAUUGCAAAGUUUUUCCGGGGUUUGAAUGUUGCCAAGGGUGGCGUAGCUCUUUGUCUAUCACCACAGGGACGACGCAACGGUGAAGCUCUCGUGAGAUUUGUAUCACAGGAACAUCGAGAUAUGGCGCUAAAGAGGCACAAGCAUCACAUUGGGAAUCGGUACAUUGAGGUGUAUCGAGCAUCUGGGGAGGAUUUUCUUGCUGUUGCCGGUGGGGCAUCAAAUGAGGCGCAGGCUUUUCUCACAAAAGGUGCUCAAGUUAUCAUACGUAUGCGGGGUCUUCCGUAUGAUUGCACGGCUAAGCAAGUGUUGGAUUUCUUUUCAACGGGCGAAAAUCCCUGUCACGUUCUCGAUGGGGCGGAUGGGGUGCUCUUUGUGAAGAAACCCGAUGGCAGGGCAACUGGUGAUGCCUUUGUGUUGUUUGCCAAUGAAACCGAUGCCCCGAAUGCCCUGUCGAGACAUCGUGAGUCAAUUGGUCAGCGAUACAUUGAACUCUUUCGCUCGACAACGGCAGAAGUGCAACAGGUUCUCAACCGAUCGAUGGAUCCUAAAACGUACGAACCACCAGCCCCACCAUUGAUACCACAACUGCCACAAGUGCAAAUUCCUCUUGUGCCACAGCACAUAAUAACAAGUGGAACAUCAAAGGACUGCAUUAGAUUACGCGGAUUACCGUAUGAAGCCAAGGUGGAACAUAUUUUGCACUUCCUGGAGGAUUUUGCCAAAUAUAUUGUCUUCCAAGGUGUUCACAUGGUCUACAAUGCUCAAGGACAACCAAGUGGUGAGGCCUUCAUUCAAAUGGACUCAGAGACAUCCGCGUAUGCGUGUGCCCAGCAGAAGCAUAACAAGUACAUGGGGAGCUUUGGGAAGAAGCAUCGCUACAUUGAGGUGUUUCAGUGUUCCGGCGACGAUAUGAAUCUCGUUCUCACGGGCGGCCUACAUUCACCGGCGAAUCCAUCGAAGCCACCACUUCUCUCACCCGGUAUGUUGCAUUCAUCACCAGCACCACCGUCAAAACCCACACCACCCGCAACGGUACCCCCACAGCAAAUUCCCAUUUCCGUCCCACCCCCGCUAACGUUGUCCAUUCAACCCCCAACGCCCCCGGCGCUUUUGGCACAGCAACAAGCGCAAUUUAUUGCUCAGCAAAAUUUGGCACGUCACAAUGCCGCAGCUGUGCACCACAAUGAGCAGCUUUUGCUGCAGAAUCUCACUCUAAUGCCCCAUCCGGCGGCACAUGCAGCACCCGCCGGUAUUCAUGGCCAUCAUCCGGCCACAAUGGCGGCAUAUCCGCCAAUGUUUGCUGCCCCAGCUGGGGCGGCGCCGCAUCCCUUUCUCUUUUCCCCGCGGCACGCCCUCCUUCCGGCACAUCCGCAAUUCCCAAUGGGCCUCAUUCCGGGGCACCAUCAUGCAGCUUUGGCACACCACAUGCCCUUAGCUCAUCACACAUUGGCUGCUUCAGCGGCUGUUGUACCCCCACAGCCAGGUACAGCAGUUGCGUCCAUUAAGCGCUCCUAUGAGCAUGCUUUUCAGCACGAAGCUGCUCAGGGGAAUGCCACAAAGAGACAUUUCCCAGGGACCACAGCUGCGGCCCUCUAUGCUCCCUUCUAUCCUCCAAAUAUUUAGAGAGAGAGAGAGAGAGAGAGAGAGUAAAAAAAAAGAAAAUGGACAAAAGCAAUUUUGAGACUCCUUUGCAACGACAAUCAUUCCAUUUAUUUACUUAUUAUAAAAAACAAAAAAUAAUAAUUAUCAUGAAGACACUAUUGAAGCAAUUAUUGUAAGAAUAUAUAACCAUACAAAGUGAUUCUUUUGAAGUUAAUUUUUUCUUUUAAAUAAUGUUAACAUUUACUAUGAACAUUCCCCUUUAAUUUUCUUAUCCUUGACAAUUUUUUUUAUUCGUUUUUAAUGAAUUUUUGGUGAUUGUAUCACUUGGGAAGGUGAUAGUUCUGAUACUAAUUGCAUUAUGGAUUAUUUUUUUUUGAUUUAAUCAAAGCUGAGACACUGAGAGACUCCAGGAUAUCUUUCUUAUGAUCAGGAAAUAGAAGAUAUUGGCAUUAACCCUUUCGCGCCCAUCGUGAAACAUUAAAUCAUUGAAACAAUGCGCUCUUUUAUCACGAUACUUAUUCUAUGAAUGCUCUCAGAGGACAUUUUUCAAGCAAAAAAACAAUUGAUUUCAUAAAAAAAAUUGGAAAAUAAAAUGUUUCAUGAUUAGGUCUAUGUAUGACCUAAGAAACGCGAAAGGGUUAAAAGGGAUUUUCAAAACUGAAGAUUUAUACAUUUAAAUGUCUCAAAAAAUACAAAAUUCUGAAAAAUUGCAAUAGUAUCAUCACUAAGCCGUUUGCCAGGUGAUUAAUCACUCCUUAAAUUACAUUCCUAUCACCAUCAUCUAUUACGUAUCCUAGUCUCGAUCCCCAUUCCUUAUUUAUAAAUUUUAAACACGUUAAUGAGGUGCUAAAUAAUGGGAAUAAUGGGCAGAGAGAAUUUAAUUUUGGGAAUCGAGGUCAUUAAAUUCUUUUUUUUUAUUAUUAUUUUUUUUCUCUCCUAAAAAUUGGUCUUUAACUAUAAUACUGCACACACUCACACAUAUCUACACAAAAAAGGUGUUAACAGCAUUCUUUGCAAGGUUUAAUUUAGAAAUAUUUCUGGGAAAAAUGCAAAUUUCUCUUAAAGCAUUAAACCUUUUCUCGCUAUAGAAGGUACAAAAUAUUACAUUACAUUGAAUACAUAGGUUAGUUUAAGUAAUAAUAUUAAAAAAAAAAAGAAAUAUUAACGAGUAACUUUGGAUCUAAAUAAAUGAGAAUUCCUUGGCUGAGAUAAAGUUUCUGAAUAAUAUUUUAAGUGAAAAACGUGAAGUACGUUCUUGAAAAAUUGAAAUUCAGUUGAAUUUGAAAAAGGACGCUUACUUUUACAAGAUGGCGGACGUAAACUGAAUACAAAGGAGUAUAUUCAUAUCAAUAUGCGUCGUGUAUCAGGAUUAUAUACAGGACUUAUAUUGAAUUGAAUAAAUUCAUUUAAUAUUUUUUUCAAAAGUUCUACAAAAACACAUUUUUUUAAAACUCCUUUUAACUUCUUAAAGUCUUGGAAUUCUUUUAUAUUUUCCAUUGAGAAAACUUUUUUUUUCUCAAAGUUUUUUUUACAACUGCAUUAGUGAGAAUUUUGCUGAUAUUUUUUAUGUGUUAGUGUGGUUUUGGAAAAUAGUUUCAUUCAUUUUUUUUAAUUUACGGUGAUGUUGUGCUUGAAGCUAUUUUGCAAAUUAUAUUAUUCUUUUGCGAGAGAAAGAGGGAGAGAGAGAAGUAAAAUUGAAUUUGAAAAAAUGGUAAGAAUUUAAGUAAAUAAUUAACACUAGUUUUUCUUGGGCUAAAUUCAUUUUUUUUAGUAAUUUACUUCAUAGUUAAUAAUUGUUUAGAAUAUAAUUUUCUAUUUUUAAGCAUUUUUCAAUGAACCGUCCAGGUAAUUUUUUUUAAAUAACUCAAUUGAAUUCUUUGUUUUAUUUUAAUUGCAUUAAAUUAAUAAUUUUUUCUUGUUAUCGUUUCUAAAACGAAUUCAUUUUACUUCACAAAAAAGACAUUUUUAUAAAUAACAAAAAAAGAAAGAAUGAUUUAUGACAGUUUAGAUAAAUUUUGCUCUCAAUCUUCACAUAGUGGUUGUUUUUCUCUUUAGUUUUUAUGAUUAAUUUUAUUUUUAUACAAUGUUUAAGCAAAAUUAUAUUUUGUGUUAUUUUUGGCUCAUCAAUUCACAAAAUCAACUUUGUCCGCUCAGCACCACCUUCUUCUCUGCAUUCAUUGUAUUUUUUCUUUUAUUCGCAUUAAUUUUUCUUAAAUAUUUUUUAAAAAUGUUUUUAAUAGUAAUUUAUAGACUUUUAAUUUUGGAAUAUUUUUUUUUUCUUAACAUUCUGCAAUACUCAUAGCUUUAUCGUGUUUGUAUGUUUAUUUUUAUUUUUUGGUGAUACAACGAGGUUGUCUUUUAAUCUUUAAUUCUGUCAAAGAUAAAUUUGGUUUUGUGUGUUGUGGUCAAGGGUCUUAUUUAUAUUGUUAUUCUUAAUUUUAUUUACUUGCUAUUAUACUUAUUUUAUUUUUUUUAUUAGUAGGUACUUAAGUAUUAGAAUGUCGUAAUAUUACAACAACAAAAAAAGAAAAAACAAAAUAACUGUAUGAAACAUACAAUUUUUUUUUAUAUAGUUUUAGUUAUAGUUUUUUGUGUCUUUUCUGUGUGUCUGCAUUCUUUAUAUGGUGUUUGGGAUCAAAUUGGAAUUCUUAAAUCACAUAUUUUGAUAUUUUUUUCUUGUGCAUUUAGUCUAAGAUUAACUUAGCCAUUCUUAGCUUGGAAAAAACUACUAACUAUGCGUUCAAACUAUCAUCUAUUUUUAACGGUUUAUAAAAAUUAAUUAAUUUUUUUUGUGUAGUUACAUAAAAAAAACAUCUUGAACAAAUUAAAGGAGCUUAUUCGUUUUUGUAUGGAAAUGUUCCUUCAAAAAUUGGCUUGCCUUCUGACUUAAGCCUAAAAAUUAUUAGAAAUCAAAACUAUUUAAAAAAAAGACAACAAAAUUUAAAAAAUAUAUAAAAGAAAUAAAUCUUCGAGGACAUUUGGUGGUGAUGUAAAAACUAAUUCAGAUAAAUAACUGAAUUUCUGCUAAGUUUUAGUUUCACGCUGAGUUUUCAUCAAGGCCUAAAAAAUCAAUUGAUUUUAUUUUCCUUAGUCUGAACGCAUGGUUUUGUAAUUCUUUUAUUUAUUUAAAGUUAAUUUUCAAAGAAUGGGCUAAAAUGAGAAGAGAAUUGGCUUAAAUAUUGGCUCUCUUUGAUUCCAGAGCAUCGAAUUUUAUUUUCACGCAAAAUGCUCAGUGGUUAAUAUUUUACUCAAAGCUCGGGCUUCUGAAAAAUUAAACCAUAUUUUUGGCUAAAAUAUAAAUAAAUCGAAUAUUUUCAGAAGCUUCAAAGGUUAAAAAGGAAAUUUUAUCACUUUUAGCUUUUUUAUGAUUAUUAAAAAAAAGUUUCUCUCGCAUAAACUUUUAAUCUCUAAAAUGCUUCUGUUACAAAAGACAUGGAAAUGGUAUAGCAAGGAAACAAGGGUGGUGUUAAUUCACAUGCAGGCACAUAGGAAUAAUUCUUAAAAUAAAAAAAAAUAAAGAAAAAUAAAUCAAUUUAUUUGCAAAUUGUUGUCUAAAAAUGAAGGAGAAAGAGCAAUAGUACAAAAUGAAAAAUUAAUGUUUUCUUUUUUUUUCAAAUUGCAAAUAAAAUUGAUUUAUUUUCCUUAGUUGGUUUAGUGGAUAAAAAUAGUAAAUAGAAAAUAAGAAUAAAUAAAAAAUAAACAAUAAUUGAGAGCAAAAUCUAUUAAUAUUACCUAUUAUUAUUAUUAUUUACCUAUAAUUUAAUCUUUAAAAUUUCCGUAAUUUACAUUUUCAUAUUUUUAACGGCUGCAUUUUUAUUUACAAAUUUAUUUUGCAAGAGAAUAAAUUUUUCGUCUUCUAUA